AUGUCAACCUUACUCGAUCGAUCUUAUCGAUCUCUUCUACUAAUAUUUGUCUCUUGGAAAGCUCUUCUGCUUCUCCUGGUCGUCUCCAGUCCCGGUCCUGCGUAUGAUACCUCGACCGCCUUACUGGCGCUGGGCCGUAACACAACUAAUACAGACCGCCCUGGACUGUUGUCGCCAGUAUUGGGCUUGCUUGCCACUAAUUUAACCCGAUGGGACGCUAUCUAUUUUACAGAAAUCGCUCGUCGAGGCUGCCUGUUUGAGCAAGAAUGGGCAUUCAAUCUUGGGUUUGCAAGUCUUAUCAGAACCUUUGUUGAUGUUCUCCAACGCACAGUCGGCAUAAGCCAUGCGUUAAUAGAGAGUAUCAUCGGCAUUACCGUAGCUCAUGCAGCUCAUGGUAUGUCAGUUUUUGUGCUGUACAGUCUAGCACGUGCUGUGUUUCCAGGAAGGAAGGGCCGCAACCUUGCAUUUAUCGCCGCAUGUUUACACAUCUUAUCGCCUGCUGGGCUAUUCCUAUCGGCUCCUUAUGGCGAGAGUACCCACGCUCUCUUGAGCUUCAUGGGUUCGCUCUUAUUUAUACUGAGCUUUAGUCAUUCAGGGGCUUCCACGGGUCACCAUGAUGCCUUAAUCCCGCUAUCUGGUAUCUUGUAUGGAUUAGCAACGGCCGCUCGCAGUAAUGGUCUUUUAAAUGGCAUGAUUUUCUUUGAGGAAGCCAUAAGGGUCCUUUACUCAAUGACUAAGGGGGUCACGUUUGCUAAAACCCGUCGGCUAAUCGCUAUCGGUAUGGCUGGAAUCUGCACGGGCCUUGGCUUUAUGAUGCCGCAAUAUAUUGCUUACGAGCAGUUCUGUAUGAAUAACAAGGAUCCAAGGGCAUGGUGUCUUAGGACUAUUCCUAGCAUCUAUAGCUUCGUUCAAGACCAUUACUGGAAUAAUGGUUUUCUUCGGUAUUGGACUUUGUCAAAUGCCCCCCUGUUUGCUUUAGCUGGCCCAAUGCUAGCAAUCAUGACAUACUCUGCUAUUUGGACGCUGAGUGUGGGAUCGGAUGGACAGAAAAGUUCCUCCAACAUCCCCAAAAUGCAAGUUCACUCUGAGGCACCAUUAACAGGUCGCCUAUUACGUAGCCUAGCGGCUCCCCAGAUAACCCUAGCCAUCCUGACAUUUCUGAAACACCAUGUCCAAAUAAUCACACGCAUGUCCUCAGGCUAUCCAGUGUGGUAUCUCUGGCUAGCACAUGCUCUAGUUGAGGGGCACUCGCUAGCGUCAUUGGAGAAAGCGGACGCACACCGGGGCAAGAAGGAGGCCCAGAUCAUGAAUCAGUACCGGUACGCACGUAUGACAGUCUUCUACAUGAUAGUCUAUGCCCUUGUUCAAGGGGCCCUUUUCGCUUCUUUCUUACCCCCAGCCUGA